AUGGUCCGAGUUCUCUCCGUAAUUUUGACGGCGUUAUCUCUGAAAUUAGUGACAAGCACGACAUCUCAAGGAAUUAUACGCUCUGUGUCAUCUCGAAGUGAAAGCAUGCCUGCAGACGAUAUCAAAGGCCUGACGAUUUCAGAUAAUUCGAUAUGUGGUAAUAGUCGUUGCUAUCCGAGGAUAUUCGAGCCUGAACACGAUUGGCAGCCCAUACUCCCGGGUCAAGAACUGCCCGGUGGCUUGGAUAUAAGAAUCAACAUGGAAACUGGCUUGAAAGAGGCAAAGCUAGAUAGUGAAGAAAGUGGCAGCCAUGACAUAAUUAUUUACCCAGGGAAUAUGAAACCAUCAGCCGAUGACUAUGAAUUUUCCAGUGAUUUUAACGAUAUCAGGAGCAUCAUCAACUCACAUUCGACCUUAAUUCCACAAGAUAUUACUAUUCUGGAGGAUAAGUUCGAUAAAGUAAUGGAAUUCGCUCAUGAUUACAAGCACGGCUACAAGAUCAUCGUUCAUGAAUUUUCCCUCUUGGCCAACGUCAGUCUAAACGAAGCUUUACCUUUGACAUUGAGAGAACUAAGUACUAGAAUCAUUACAAGCUGUGUGAGAAAUAACCCACCUGUAGUUGAAUUCAUUAACGAGAAUUUUCCAAACUUUAAGGGCCAAAUAAUGGCCGCUCUGUCAAAAUUGAACGAUUCCAACCACAAAGUCUCGAAUAUCUUGAUGAAGAGAUACUUAUCCAUUUUAAACGAACUGCCGGCUACUUCCCAGGAUUUCUCCAUAUAUUCUACAACAGUCCUGCAAAAUAUAUAUGAACAAAACAGCAACGAUAAACAGUUGCAAAUAAAAGUAUUGGAACUGAUCAGCAAGAUCUUGAAGGCUGACAUGAGCGAAAAUGAAGAUACGAAUCUAGCACUGUACAAAAGGAACGCAGAAAACUGGUCGUCAAACCUGCAAGAAUGGGCAAGCGAGUUUCAAGAGAUGGUACAGAACAAAGAUAUAGAUGAACUACAUACGAGGACCUUUUUUGACACCUUGUACAACUUGAAAAAGACCUUCAAAAACGAUAUUAUCAUCAAUAAAGUUUUUUUGAAUUGGCUAGCGCAACAAUGCGAAGCCAGACAAGCCAGCUUGGAUAGCGGGUUACGAGAAAGAGACGUUGAACAAGACUCAUUUGAUAAGAAACUCAUCGACAGCAGGCACUUGAUUUUUGGCAACCCUAUGGCUCACAGAAUCAAAAAUUUCAGAGAUGAACUGUGA